AUGAAUGGAACAAGUGAUUCUUUUUUGGAUGAAUGGAUGUGGCCAAUGAUUCAGUCUCUCUAUUUCAAUUCAUUCAUGAGUGGCUUAUUUGCUGGAAUUGUUGCAAUUUUAGUGACGGUCAUUAUUGAAAAAUUGGGACCUCAAAUUGGUGGAGUGAUUGGAACCUUACCAACCACCAUUGUCCCAGCAGCUAUUGGAUUCAUUAUUGAAGCAAAUAAGAGAAAUUUAAAAUGGGAGGAGAAGAAGCAUGUGUUAAUUCAACAAUUUUUUGUCAUUCCAUUGGCACUGUUUUGUAAUUGCUUAUUCUUACUGGUGUGGAAAGUAUUUCCUGACAUGUUUGAGAAAAUCAAAUCAAGACUCUGGAAACGUCACAAUAUCUCGCAAAAUGAUUCGAUGAUUGAGGAAAAGAAAGAAAAUCCUUCGAGAGAAGACGACUCGUCUGCGAUUAUGAAUGAAUCUUCAGUACGAGAUGAAACCAGUCUUGAAUCGACUUCUGUCGAUAAAGAAUCUCCUUAUUCCUCCCUCUCAACAAUGAAAGGAGUUGAAGAAGAAUUAUCUCGUGAGUCAACCAAAGAAAAUUUAUUAUCACCCUCAAUGGAUCCAAGUCAUGAAAAUUCGCAUCACGAUUCUGUUGUUGAAAAUAGUAUGCCAGAAACGACAAAUGCAACAUCAGGAAUGCAAAGUAGAAGAUAUAUUAUUUUGAAAAUGUGUCUGGUGAUAUUUCUGUCCUUAUUUGUUUGGUUUGUUCUUGCAUCCAUAUUUGUCAUCAUUACUCGAACAGUCGCAUUGUCAGAUGAGGUAUUAAUAGGAUUAGGUUGUGCGUUUUACAUUCUCUUGCUGAUUGUUAGCACUCCAUUCAUUUUGAGUGGAUUGAAGUUUAGUAUUAUUUCUGGGCUAUUGACAGCAUUUCCUGCGAUUUUUCUAACUGCUAUGGUGACACUAUGGCUAACACAGGGAGAGCAAGCGAGUGUAAGGGCUGCUCCUGCCAUGAUGUUAGGAUCUUCUAGUAUUCCACUAUUUGCUAUUUCAGUAUGUGUAGCAAGUCUCUACAUGAACAUGUUUGUAGCAAUAGUUGUUGCUUAUUUAUCUAGUGUGAUAUUUGGAAGUAUUCCUGCCUAUGCAUUUUUGUGGUGGAGAAAGAGAGUUGCUGCUGCGAAAUUACAACAUGAUUCCUUGAUGCAUCAAGUGUAA